AAGUCAUUAACCAUCAGUCAAUCGAAGUUCGUUGAAGCGUUAAGGUGGCCGGUGUGUGCACGCGUCGAGCUGGAGGGUUAUGUAUUAGAAGCAGCGCCAAUAAAAGUGUAAGAGUAAGGGAAAAAGUCGCGAAAGGAGGAGGAGAAAUUAUGUGAUUGAAAUAUUUAAUAGGACCAUUGUUGGAUAAUUUGUUUAUGCCAAGCGGUCGACUGCGAGUGUCGGUUGUUUGUGGUUUUUACGGAAGAAAGGAAGCAAGUCAAGUGAAGAAGUUUUUGGCAAUGUUUUCAGUUUGAUCGUUGACGUUCCAUGAGCUGUACAGCACAUUCGAUGAAUUGAGAGAGAAGGAAUUUUGUCGAGAAGUUCAAAAGUUCGACGGAAAGUUACGGAAUAUGAUUACGAUGAGGAUACUCCUCCCAACACUACUGGUGGCAUGCCUUUCAACCUUGGCAUCCUCCCACCCGCAGGUAGUGGUCAAAAGCGAUGUUCUCAAUGAGGAACAGAUGAAGGCCGUGCUGCAGCAGUAUGACACCGAAGUACGCAGCUACUGUAACCGACAGGUUCAAGCCAACUGGAACGUGGCCACCAACACCGAGAACGCUGACUACCAAGUGCAACAGAAUACAAUCUCCCUGGAGUACGCCAAGUUCCGGACCGAUUUCUACGAGCGGUACUUUAAGGAUGCCGAGGUAGAUGGCUAUCAGGACCCAAAGGUACGUAAGCAAUUGACCUUGCUGAAGGACUUGGGAACAGCAGCACUACCGACGAAUGAUCUGGAGGAAUACAACAAGAUCAUGAGGCGUAUGGAUGCAGCCUACCAGCUGGUGGAGAUUUGUCCCUACAAUGAUCAGAGCUGCUCCGUGAGUUCUCAGAAAUGGACACUGGAUCCGGAGAUGGAACACGUCAUGGCUACGUCCACGGACUACGAAGAGUUGUCGUAUACCUGGAGACGCUGGCGUGAGGAAUCCGGCACGAAGAUGCGACAGGACUACAAGCUGUACGUGGACUACGUCAAUCAAGCAGCGAAGCUCAAUGGAUAUGGUGACUAUGGCGAAAUGUGGCGGGCUCGAUACGAUGACGCAGAUCUCCGAGGAACUCUGGAACGAUUGUGGAAAGAAGUUGAACCACUGUACAAUGAACUGCAUACCUACGUGAGGUACAAGCUGUUGGACUUGUAUGGAGACCACAUGGACAAGAACAACAAGAUGAUCCCAGCACACAUCCUCGGCAACAUGUGGGCACAGUCGUGGGUGAAUCUAUAUGAUCGCACUAAACCCUUCCCGGAGGCUAGCCUGGUGGAUGUUACCGCUAAGAUGCAGCAGCUUGGCUUCAACGCUACCAAAAUGUUUGAAAUGUCCGAUGAAUUCUACCAAAGUCUGGGACUGCCGAGCAGUGCCAUGAGCUACGGGCCUAAGGCAGUUAUCGAGAAGCAACCACAGAAGAUGGUCUGUCACGCUUCGGCGUGGGACUUUUGCGACGGUGAAGACUUCCGCAUCAAGAUGUGUACCAACGUCAACAUGGAAGACUUUGUAACCGUACACCACGAGAUGGGUCACAUCAUGUACUACAUUCUGUACAAGGAUCAACCGCUGCUAUUCAAGACGGGAGCAACUCCGGCAUUCCACGAAGCUGUCGGUGAUACGAUCGCUUUGUCCGUAGCGACACCGAUGCAUCUGCAAAAGGUUGGUCUGCUUGACGAAUAUGCGGACAGUGAAGCGGAUAACAUCAAUGCACUCUUUGAAAUGGCUUUGAAGCGAGUCGCCUUCUUGCCGUUUGGUUACAUGAUUGAUCAGUGGCGUUGGGAUGUGUUCAGUGGGGCAGUUAACGAAAGCCAAUGGAAUUCUCACUGGUGGACUCUGAGGGAAAAAUAUCAGAAAGUAUACGCUCCAGUGCCUCGGUCUGAGGACGACUUCGAUCCAGGUGCUAAGUAUCAUGUUCCGGCAAACUCGCAGUACAUUGCGUACUUCCUGGCCCACAUCCUGGAGUUCCAGUUCUACCGGUCGCUCUGUAUCGAAGCCGGAGAGUAUGAUCCGACCUACAGUUCGACUAAUCCGUUGCAUAAGUGUGAUUUUUACAACAGCAAGGCCGCGGGCAACAAGCUAAGGGAUGGUCUAUCGCUAGGGUACAGUGAAGAUUGGAAAUUUGCUCUGGAGAAGUUGAGCGGAGGUCAAGAUAUUAGCGGAAAUGCCCUGCUGGAGUAUUUUGCACCGUUACAUGACUUUUUGAAAGUGGAGAACAAGAAGAUGCGAAAUGCGGAGAUGGAAUCGCUUUUGGAAAACUACAGUCAAGAGUACUCGGUUGCCUGUAAUAAGCAGGUCAAGGCGCAGUACGCUACGCAAGUUGACGUUGGAAACUACACCUUGCUGCAGGAACUGACAGAGAUUUUGACCCAAAAUACCAAGUUUGUUUUGGACAACUACAAUCAAUACUUUGCUGAUGUGAAAGCAGCGGAUUACGAUAAACCGGAAAUUCAACGACAGCUGCAGUAUUUGACGCAGAUUUCGAUCAAUCACCUUCCAUCCGAGGACUUCACUGAGCUGAACAACGCUCUUGGCAGAAUGCAGCAUAUUUACAGCAGUACUUUGAUUUGCCCGUAUGACAAGCAAAACUGCACGGAGGGUAGCUUGAGCUUGGAUCCGGACCUGUACGAAGUGAUGGGAGAGUCUCAGGAUUAUGACGAGCUGUUGUACGUGUGGAAAGAGUGGCGUGAUAAAACGGGGCGCCUUAUGAAAAACGAUUACGCGCAGUACGUGCAUUUGAUGAAUAAGGCUGCUGGAAUCGCCGGAUACGAUGACAUGGGAGGUCUCUGGAGGAACGCCUUUGAGCAGGAGGACUUUGUUGAAGCGAUGAAACGCUUGUGGACUCAGCUGAAGCCGUUCUACGAUGAGCUGCAUAAGUAUGUCCGUCGGGAGCUUAUGAAGAUCCAUGGAGACAAGAUGGACGCUAAUGAUCCAAACAUACCAGCUCAUUUGCUGGGUAAUAUGUGGGCACAGGCUUGGGGUAAUUUGUACAACCGCAUCAAACCUUUCAAAACCGCCAUCGAUUUGGACAUUACAAAGGCUUUGGUAGAAAAGAAUUACACAGUGAAGCAGCUGUUUGAAAUAUCCAACGACUUCUACGUGGGCCUGGGACUUCCGGAUAAUAGCAUGAGCUACGACGAGAGUCGUGGAGCGCUGAUUGAGAAACCGACGGAUCGUGUAGUAACGUGCCAUGCUUCGGCAUGGGAUUUCUGCGAUCGUCAGGACUUCCGCAUCAAGAUGUGUACCCGGAUGAACAUGGAGGACUUCAUUACGAUCCACCACGAGAUGGGUCACAUCAACUACUACCUCUUGUACAAGGACCAACCGGUAACGCUGCGAGCUGGAGCCAAUCCGGGUUUCCACGAAGCUGUAGGAGACACGAUUGCCUUGUCCGUAGCGACACCGAAACACUUCCAAAAGAUUGGCUUGCUGGAAGACUAUGAAGAUUCCUACGAGAACAAUAUCAACGCCUUGUUCCAAAAGGCACUAGAUCGGGUGGCAUUCUUGCCAUUUGGACUGAUGAUCGAUAUGUGGCGUUGGGAGAUAUUUGCUGGCAAGGUGGACUUCCCCAACUGGAACAAACGAUGGUGGGAAUUGAGAGAAGAGUACCAGAAGGUUUCGGCUCCGGUAGAGCGAGACUUGGAUGCGUUAGAUGCGGGAGCGAAAUAUCAUAUUCCGUAUGACAGUAAAUACAUUUCCUACUUCAUUGCCCACAUCCUGGACCUGCAGUUACACAAAUCACUUUGUCAGGUGGCCGACGAGUACGAACCGAACAACCCGGACAAACCUCUACACAAGUGCGAUAUUGAUGGAUCAUUGGCUGCCGGUGAUCGAUUGCGGGCGGGUCUUUCGUUGGGACGUACCGUCCAUUGGUCCGAAGCGUUGCGUGCGAUGACCGGUGAAACCGAACUGAAAACUGACGCCCUACUGGAGUACUACGCUCCGUUGUACGAGUUCCUAAAGAAGGAGAACGAGAAGGCUGAUCGUGGUGCCGGUGUUACGAUAGUACUUUCCUCCGUUCUGGUCAUAGCAGUGAGCGGGUUGAACCUUCUAUCCACAUUGUUGUAAAUUAUCCUUGUUAACGCCAAUAUAGUUUAUUGAAGUGCAAUACAAUUGGACGACUGAAAAGCAU